GGUCGGAACUCAUCUUCCAGCAAGAGGAAACAAACUCAAGGCUUACCCUCUCCUGUCGGCUGCCCGACUUCGUCUCCCCAAAGCUGCAGCACAUCGAUGUCAUACUCAUCUCCAUGAUGAAAGGCAACAACCGCAGCACGCUAGCAGCCGUUUCUCGCCACUUCAACCAGGCCAGACCAACAUCUCAUGUACCUGGCGCAGAAGUUAGCGGCUACAUAGCUGACCAGGCUAACGCUACGACUUUCUUGAAGAUCUCCUGGGAUAACCGUACAUCUAGGCAGGGGGAGACCUACACGUGUGUUGUGUAUGGCGCUAACAAAGACUGGGCUCCUCAGACCGCCACCCAACGCUUGUCGGUCAAGGACAAAUCUUCGUCUAGCUUGGUUAUGGUGUCUGACCCGGAAGUGAUCAAGCUAGGACUCACCAAAGAGCUGCAGAUAUUGUGUACAGUUCCUGACCACUCACUUCUCAAUAUCACCAAAAUGGCGUCGCUGGAAAUAUUCAAACAGCAAAACGGAAUUAAAUGUCAGUUCGCCAGAAUCAAAGCCGGUUCAGGAGAAGCGGUGCUAACAGGGGCGUUCAAGGCUUCACUCAAUGGAAGCAUGGAGGGCCAGACAACGUUCCUUGGCUUGACGUGGGGCAAUAUUUCCGCCGCUGAUGCAGGGGAGUUUAUCUGCGAGGGGUCCGGAGUUGAUGCUAGAGGACACCCGGUCUUUUUCAGUAAGAAUAUAACGAUUGUCUCCCAGAACCCAGACAGACAGGAGCUGGUUGCGAUGUUGUUCGAGUUGUACAGCAAGAACAGAGAUUAUGAGCAUGUUCAAGAAACGAAACGACAGGUAAUCAGAGAAAAGACACAGCUGAUCAAUCAACUCAGCAAAACUCAAUGCCGACAACCCAACAGUUGCGACAAUACACUGUUUCAACUAGGCCAGUAUAUUGUGUCUCUGGAACCUGAUGAUGGACUCGGACCCAUUUCCGUUUUGUGUGAUGGCGAGAAACGCGGAGAAAUCUGGACAGUUUUCCAGAAGCGAUUUAACGGAAGUGUGGACUUUUAUCGAAACUUUAGCGAUUACGAGAACGGAUUUGGGUCUCUUGACGGGGAAUUCUGGCUGGGACUCAAGAACAUCCGACGUCUUCUGCUGCAGAACGAGAACAAGAACAAGCUGCGGGUGGAGUUCACUGAAAUGACAACGGGGGUCAACUACACGAAAAACUAUAACACAUUUUCUCUAGGACCUCCCCCGGGAUACAAACUUCAAGCCAUUGGUUUCGACGACCUCGGCUACGGGAUGUCCUUCAACUCGGGAUAUAACUUCUCAACUCCCGACCAGGGUGUGCCUCGACUGGCGGUCCUCAACCGUGCAGGCUGGUGGUUCAACUACGACAGUCCUUACGUCAACCUCAACGGCGUUUGGGGCGUCAAAGGAAAAAGGCACUCGGUAUACUGGUCUGAGUUCCGUCGCGAUAGAAACGUCAUUUUAGAAAGAACCCAAAUGAAAUUUAGAAGAAAUUUCUGA